AUGCGGUUGUAUCUCCUCCUGAUCUGGGCCCAGGGCCUGGGGCAGGCUCCCCUCCCAGCCUCAGGAGCUGUGUCAGGCAGGAUAGUAACAAUGGGGAACGUUUCUGCAGAGGAAGGUGGCUCUGUCACCUUGCAAUGUCAUCUCUCCUCCACCACUGCCAAAGUGACUCAAGUCAACUGGGAGCAGCAGGACCAACUUCUGGCUGUUCAUCAUGCUAACUUGGGGUGGCACAUCUACCCAGCCUUCAGGGAGCGCAUGGCCCCAGGCCCCAACCUGGGCCUCACCUUGCAGUCGCUGACCAGGAAUGACACAGGGGAAUACUUCUGCACCUAUCACACCUACCCUGAUGGGAUUUACAGAGGGACACUCUUUCUGGAGGUCCUACACAGCUCAGUGGCUGAGCACAGCGCUGCGUUCCAGAUCCCACUGCUGGGAGCCGUGGCCACAGUGCUGGCAGUCGUCUGUGUGGCAGCUAUCAUGGUGGUCACCCUGACCAGAAAG